AUGCAUAUCCAGGAAAUUCUACUCUAUCUGUUGGAUCAUUUCAAGCGGGUAACGAACAACAGCGAUCUGAACAAAAUGAAUACACACAAUCUAGCCACCUGUUUGGCUCCGGUACUAUUCUACCCGGCUCCGAAUGCUGCCCGAACCCUGGACCCGGCCAUUCUCGAGCCACGACGUAUGACGGAUAUUUUGAAAUUUAUUUUAGAAAUCUGGCCUGAUGAACGCUCAACAUUCGGCCAAUUCACCACGGUGGACAGUUGGACCCCAGCCAACCAACUAACUUUAAAAGAACAAGAGCAGCAGCUACAACAACAGCAACAGCAUCAGCAACAGCAACAACACUCGCAAAGACAGUACGAGAAUCAGUGGAUUGACUAUCCGUUUUUUCAUCGCGGUGACUAUAUCGGACGUUCCGGUCGUCUCAAGUACAAUACGACUGCCUUAGAGGGAUCUGGUCCCCGUUUUGUCCCAGUUCCAGAAACCUACUCCGGACCAGACUCCAUUCAAAUGUCCCAGUAUGACAGACUACCCGGUCCAGCUGCAUUCCGACCACGACCACAGCGCAAAGCAAACUCCCAAGGUGAUGUACUGAAUCUGGAAACGAUGGAUCUACGACGCGUGCGGCAUCCACGAUUUCAAGACAUCCCAACAACCAGUUCAACAGAUAGUGGCACCCGGUCCAGUUUAUCUGCUGGGGGGCAACGCAUGGCUGCUACUGCCUCCAGCUCUCGAGCGACAGCGUCUGGUAACAUGAAACAGCGCUCUGCAAUGCGUAGCUUCAGUCAAGAGCGCCCCAUGUAUCCUCACAGUCCACGACCGUCGCAUCGUUCGCACCCAUUUACUUGA